AUGAAUGCAAGCAGCAACAGUGGCAGCAGCAAUGCAUGUUUUAUAGGUGAAGGAUGCAGUAAGUAUGUAAUACCAGGUGAUCGAUUAUUUCCUAUCAGUGAGCAGAUGAAAGCAGGUAUUGGUACUUACGAAUUGUUUGGACAUAUUUAUGCAUCAUUAGCUGGUACUGUACAUAUGUAUACAACUGUCGAGCGUGAUAAGGAAACGAAAAUCGUGGAAGUGCGUCGACAAUCAGAGAAAGAGAAACGACAUGUCAUGCCAUAUGUUGGAUGCAUUGUAACUGCAAAAAUAAAACUAGAGCAAUGUGUACAUCCCGGUGAUGUCAUUCUAGCACGUGUUAUUGGUUUUGGUGAUAAUCAGCAUUCAUAUUUGCUCAGUACCGUAGAAGAUGAAUUGGGUGUUGUGAGCGGUAUUGGUGAUUUCGGUGAAAGAAUGGUGCCGUGUUCUUUUAGUGAAGUAAAAUCAGUUAUAACAAGUGCGCGUGAACCUCGAAAAGUUGCGCGUAUACCCGAUUUGAAUCGUUAA